AAGUUUCCUCAGCCGAGGAGUGUUCAUUAACUCUCAGUGUGCCUGGAAAACUCAAUCAGUCACUAUGGGUGAUGCUCUGAUGGCAGAGUUUGGAAAGGCUGCUCCCUUCCUGAGGAAGUCGGACAAAGAGCGUCUCGAAGCUCAGACGAGAGCCUUUGACAUCAAGACCGAAUGCUUUGUUGUGGAUGAAAAGGUGGAGUUUGUCAAGGGGCAAAUUGUCAGCAAGGAAGCAGCGAAGGUCACUGUUAAGACUGAGGAUGGAAGGACAGUGACCGUCAAAGAGGGAGACGUCCACCCGCAGAACCCACCUAAAUUCGACAAAAUCGAAGACAUGGCUAUGCUGACUUUCCUUCACGAGCCUGCGGUGCUGUUCAACCUCAAAGAGCGUUAUGCAGCUUGGAUGAUCUACACCUACUCGGGGCUGUUCUGUGUAACCGUCAACCCUUACAAGUGGUUACCCGUGUAUGACUCUGAGGUAGUCGCAGCUUACAGAGGUAAGAAGAGAACAGAGGCACCCCCUCACAUCUUUUCUAUCUCAGAUAAUGCCUAUCAAUAUAUGCUAACUGAUCGGGAGAACCAGUCGGUCCUGAUCACUGGAGAAUCCGGUGCUGGGAAGACUGUCAACACUAAGAGAGUCAUCCAAUAUUUUGCCAGUAUUGCUGCCGCUGGUGGAGCUACUGGAAAGAAAGACUCUGGCAAGGGAACCCUGGAGGAUCAAAUAAUUCAGGCGAACCCUGCACUCGAGGCUUUUGGCAAUGCCAAAACUGUGAGAAAUGACAACUCGUCUCGCUUUGGAAAAUUCAUCCGCAUUCAUUUUGGGACAAGUGGUAAACUCGCCUCUGCUGAUAUUGAAACAUACUUGUUAGAGAAGUCUCGUGUGACCUUCCAGCUAAAAUCUGAGAGGAACUAUCACAUCUUCUUCCAGAUAUUGUCCAAUGAAAAGCCAGAACUACUGGACAUGCUGUUGAUCACCAAUAAUCCAUAUGACUACUCGUACAUCUCCCAAGGAGAAGUAACUGUUGCAUCAAUCAAUGACAAUGAGGAGCUGCUAGCUACUGAUAAGGCCUUUGAUGUACUCGGUUUCACUUCUGAAGAAAAGAUGGGAGUCUAUAAGCUGACAGGUGCCAUCAUGCACUACGGCAAUAUGAAAUUCAAACAGAAACAGCGUGAAGAGCAGGCAGAGCCUGACGGUACAGAAAAUGCAGAUAAGGCUGCUUAUCUAAUGGGGCUGAACUCUGCUGACCUGCUCAAAGGCCUCUGCCAUCCAAGGGUCAAGGUAGGCAAUGAGUAUGUUACAAAAGGACAGAGUGUAGACCAAGUGUACUACUCAAUCGGUGCAGUGGCAAAGUCAGUGUACGAGAAAAUGUUCAGCUGGAUGGUAGUAAGAAUCAACCAUUCCCUUGACACCAAACAACAUCGGCAGCAUUUCAUUGGUGUGCUAGACAUUGCUGGCUUUGAGAUCUUUGACUUCAACACAUUUGAGCAACUCUGCAUCAAUUUCACAAAUGAAAAGCUGCAACAGUUUUUCAACCAUCACAUGUUUGUGCUCGAGCAAGAGGAGUAUAAAAAAGAGGGAAUCGACUGGGAGUUUAUUGACUUUGGGAUGGACCUGCAAGCCUGCAUUGAUCUGAUUGAGAAACCUCUAGGGAUCAUGUCCAUCCUCGAGGAAGAGUGCAUGUUUCCAAAGGCAAGUGAUCAGACUUUCAAAUCAAAGUUGUAUGACAACCACCUGGGCAAGUCAAACAUUUUCCAGAAGCCACGGGUUGUGAAGGGAAAGGCAGAGGCACACUUUGCCUUAUGCCACUAUGCAGGCACUGUUGAUUAUAAUAUUACAGGCUGGCUGGUGAAGAACAAAGACCCACUGAAUGAAUCAGUUGUCGGGCUCUAUCAAAAAUCCUCUUUAAAGUUGUUGAGUCAUCUCUUCUCAUGUUAUGCAGCAGCAGAUGCAGCUGAAAAGUCCAGUGGGAAAGGGGCCAAGAAAAAGGGGUCCUCUUUUCAGACAGUGUCUGCCCUGCACAGAGAAAACCUCAACAAAUUAAUGACCAAUCUGAAAACCACACACCCACACUUUGUCCGCUGUCUGAUUCCAAACGAGAGCAAGACCCCUGGAAUCAUGGACAACUGCCUUGUUAUGCACCAGCUUCGCUGUAAUGGUGUACUGGAGGGUAUCAGGAUUUGCAGGAAAGGUUUCCCAAACAGGAUCCUCUACGGAGAUUUCAAACAAAGAUACAGAAUCCUGAAUGCAUCUGCCAUUCCAGAAGGCCAGUUCAUUGAGAACAGGAAGAGCGCCGAGAAGCUCUUAGGGUCACUAGACAUUGACCACACACAAUACAAAUUUGGCCACACAAAAGUCUUUUUCAAAGCCGGCCUGCUCGGUACACUGGAGGAGAUGCGAGACGACCAACUUGCUCGUAUCCUCACUAGGAUCCAAGCUUAUGCACGUGGCUUACUCAUGAGAGCAGAGUAUCAGAAACUUGUGGAGCGCAGAGACGCCCUCAUGGUCAUCCAGUGGAACCUUCGUUCCUUCCUUGGUGUAAAAAACUGGCCAUGGAUGAAACUGUUCUUCAAGAUAAAACCUUUGCUAAAGAGUGCCGAAUCUGAAAAGGAGAUGGCAAACAUGAAGGAUGAAUUCAAUAAAUUAAAAGAGGCUUUGGACAAAUCUGAGGCCAGGAGGAAAGAGUUAGAAGAGAAAAUGGUCUCUCUCCUUCAAGAAAAGAAUGAUUUGCACCUUCAGCUGCAGUCCGAGCAAGACACCUUAACUGAUGCUGAGGAGCGAUGUGAGCAGCUCAUUAAAAGCAAAAUCCAGCAGGAAGCAAAAGUCAAAGAGCUUUCAGAACGCAUAGAGGAUGAGGAAGAGAUAAAUGCAGACCUCACAGCCAAGAAACGUAAGCUGGAGGACGAAUGUUCAGAGCUCAAGAAAGAUAUAGAUGACCUGGAGCUGACACUGGCCAAGGUUGAGAAGGAAAAGCAUGCCACUGAGAACAAAGUGAAAAAUCUCACUGAGGAAAUGGCAUCCCUUGAUGAAAACAUAAUGAAGCUCACCAGAGAGAAAAAGGCUCUACAAGAGGCUCACCAGCAGACACUGGAUGACCUUCAAAGUGAGGAGGACAAAGUAAAUACACUGACAAAAGCUAAAGCUAAGCUUGAGCAACAGGUGGAUGACCUAGAGGGCUCAUUGGAACAAGAAAAGAAAGUUAGGAUGGACUUGGAGCGUAGCAAGAGAAAACUGGAAGGAGAUGUAAAACUGACUCAGGAGAACGUAAUGGAUUUAGAGAAUGACAAACAGCAACUAGAGGAAAAACUCAAAAAGAAAGAAUUUGAAAUUAACCAGCUCAAUGGGAAGAUUGAAGAUGAGCAAAUGGCUUCAGUGCAGUUGCAGAAAAAACUAAAGGAGAAUCAAGCUCGAAUUGAAGAACUGGAGGAGGAGCUAGACGCUGAGCGUGCAGCCCGUGCAAAAGUGGAGAAACAACGAUCUGAUCUUUCUCGAGAACUGGAGGACAUCAGCGAGAGCCUAGAGGAGGCAGGCGGAGCCACAUCUGCUCAGGUGGAGCUCAAUAAAAAAAGAGAGGCUGAAUUUCAGAAGUUACGCAGGGAUCUUGAAGAAUCCACCCUUCAGCACGAGGCCACAACUGCCACUCUUCGGAAGAAGCAUGCAGACAGUAUUGCUGAACUAGGGGAACAGAUUGACAAUUUGCAAAGGGUCAAACAAAAGUUAGAGAAGGAAAAGGUUGAAUUAAAGUUGGAACUGGAUGACCUUUCCUCAAACAUGGAAAGUGUUGUAAGGGCCAAGGUAAAUCUUGAAAAGAUGUGCCGGUCUCUGGAAGAUCAGAUGAAUGAGCACAGGUUGAAAGCGGAAGAAGCCCAGAGAGCUCUUAUUGAUUUGUCUACCCAGAAAGCCAAGCUGCUAACUGAAAAUGGGGAACUUGGACGCCAAAUGGAGGAGAAGGAAUGUCUGAUUUCUCAGCUGACUAGAGGAAAGGUCUCCUACACCCAGCAACUUGAGGACCUGAAAAGGCAACUUGAGGAAGAGGUGAAAGCGAAGAAUGCUCUUGCUCAUGCUGUACAGUCAGCUCGUCAUGAUUGUGACUUACUGAGAGAGCAAUUUGAGGAGGAACAAGAAGCAAAGGCUGAGCUCCAACGAGCCCUGUCCAAGGCUAAUACAGAGGUGGCAACAUGGAGGGCAAAGUAUGAGACUGACGGAAUCCAGCGAACGGAGGAACUGGAGGAAGCCAAGAAGAAACUUGUACAAAAACUGCAAGAAGCUGAGGAGGCGGUGGAAGCAGUGAAUGCAAAGUGCUCAUCUCUUGAGAAGACUAAACAUCGCCUGCAAAAUGAGAUUGAAGAUCUGAUAAUAGACCUUGAACGCUCAAAUGCAGCAUCUUCUGCCCUGGACAAAAAACAGAGAUCAUUUGACAAAGUCCUUGCAGAGUGGAAACAAAAGUAUGAAGAGGCACAAUGUGAGCUUGAGGCAGCACAAAAGGAAGCUCGCAGCUCGAGUACUGAGCUCUUCAAGCUAAAGAAUUCCUAUGAAGAAACUUUAGAUCAUCUUGAGACAAUCAAGAGGGAAAACAAGAAUUUACAGGAGGAAAUCUCAGACCUAACAGAUCAGGUGGGUGAAGGACGGAAGACUGUUCAUGAGUUGGAAAAACUCAGGAAACAGCUGGAACAGGAGAAAGCGGAGUUGCAGUCUGCACUGGAGGAAGCGGAUGCUUCAGUUGAACAUGAAGAGGGUAAGAUCCUACGAGCCCAGCUAGAGUUCAACCAGGUGAAGGCAGACAUUGAACGCAAGAUGGCUGAGAAGGAUGAAGAAAUGGAACAAGCAAAAAGAAACUACCAACGUAUGGUUGAUUCCUUGCAGGCUGCUCUUGAGGCAGAGACAAGAAGCCGUAAUGAGGCCUUGAGAGUAAAAAAAAAGAUGGAUGGAGAUCUUAAUGAAAUGGAAAUUCAGCUAAGCCAGGCCAACAGACAGGCAGCUGAUGCCCAGAAGCAGUUGAAGAUGGUACAGUCAUGUUUAAAAGACACUCAACUCCAGCUGGACGACACACUUCAUAGUAAUGAUGACCUUAAAGAAAACAUAGCCCUUUUCGAGCGCAGAAACAACCUCAUUCAAGCAGAACUAGAGGAACUGAGAGCCAUGUUGGAACAGACAGAGAGAGGUCGCAAACUAGCUGAGCAAGAGCUUAUAGAAGCAACUGAGAGGAUGCAACUCUUGCACUCACAAAACACUAGCCUCAUCAAUCAAAAGAAGAAGCAAGAAUUGGAUCUGCUUCAACUUCAGAAUGAAAUGGAGGAGCUGGUGCAAGAGAACCGCAAUGCAGAAGAGAAAGCAAAGAAAGCCAUCACAGAUGCAGCUAUGAUGGCUGAGGAGCUGAAGAAGGAACAAGACACGAGUGCACACCUUGAAAGGAUGAAAAGGAACAUGGAACAGACCAUUAAGGACCUACAGCACCGUCUGGAUGAGGCAGAGCAAGUAGCAAUGAAAGGUGGGAAAAAGCAGCUCCAGAAAAUGGAAGCUCGGAUCCGUGAUCUUGAGAAUGAACUGGAAGCAGAGCAAAAAAGAGGUUCAGAGUCCAUUAAAGGUGUGCGCAAGUUUGAGCGUCGCAUAAAGGAGCUUACUUAUCAGACAGAGGAGGAUCGCAAGAAUUUGACAAGAGUACAGGACUUGGUGGACAAGCUGCAGUUGAAGGUAAAAUCCUACAAACGUUCUGCCGAAGAGGCAGAGGAACAGGCCAAUGCCCACAUGGCCAAAUUACGAAAAUUACAGCAUGAGCUUGAAGAGGCAGAGGAGCGUGCCGACAUUGCAGAGUCUCAAGUAAACAAGCUGCGUGCUAAAACUAGAGAUGGUGUACCUGGAAAGAAAUCACAGGAUGAGUAAAGCCCUAAGUAGUUGUGCUUCCACACAUUUGUUUGUUUAUUGAUUUAAAGAUUAACACGACUAUAAACACACCUUAUUUUACAAUUGUACGAUGGAAUUCCUAUAAAAUGUUAACAUUUAAUCAAAACACACAAUAUGACAGCACAAGCCAAACCUCAGACAAAACAUGGAUUUAAUUGACAUGAUGCCAUAUUUUCAGAUGCAAAAAAAAAAAAUAAAUAAAAAAAAUAAAAAAAAAUCAUGAUAAAAUAUCAUUUAAGAAUUAAUGUUUUUGCUUAGAAUUUGAAAUGCACUUUCAUGUUGAAAAAUAAAUUAAAUACAUUUAACCAUAAA